GUCGCCUAUUCUUCCUGACCAACUUGUAGCUAUACGAAUGCAAGGGAAUCGCGACGGCUCGUGGCCCCAAGGCUCCUCCGGAAACGGUGGAAGCGGCAGAGGAAACGGUGGUUAUCUUCCUCAGGCUACGAAUCCCUUGUUUUCCAAUUUCAGUCUCCAACAACCUAUUCGAUACCCUCUCACUCAGUUUCCGACGAGCUAUUACCGCCCUAACUUCCCAGACUUCUCCUUCGGAAACCCUAAUUUUCAGAAUCUCAAUUUCAAUCAUCCUCAAUUCGGCGGUGGCCCCAAUGUCUUCCUUCAAUCCCAUGUACCGAGCUUCUCCUUACCUCCGUCCAACAGUGAUAUCAGUGCCUCUCAGGAACAUGGAGGAGCAGGUGCUAAUGUCUUCCUUCAAUCCCGUGGACCGACCUUCUCCCAUCCUCCCCAACCUCCAUCCAACAACGAUAUCAGUGCCUCUCAGGAACGUGGAGGAGCAACCGAUCGCCCUUCCUCGAAACGAAGGCGCAAAGAGGGGACUGAUGUGUGCAUCAAAGAGGUCCCGAAAUCUCUACCGAUUCCUACUACUGUAGGCGCUGAUGAUAGUGGUGGUUCUCGAGUCCAUCAGGGAGGGACAGCUUCUUCUUCGGAGAAGCCUUCCCCGAAACCGAAACGGAAAGUAGAAGUCUUGCGGAUUGAUAAGGCUGUCAACAAGACGCGUAAAGCGGUGAUUGCUGCUGGAGAGAGCGUUUCUUCGACUAGAGUAUCGCGUUCGGUUCUAGAAGAGCUUCAAGCUGAUUCUUGGCGUACGUUAGGGGUGCAGAUGCAAGAUGUUCCUUCUCUUCGCCAACUUAUGGCCCUUGAAGGCAAGGUUAAUGCAUUUAUUCAUUGCUAUGUUGGGGCUAGAAGAAUUGUGACACUGUAUGAUUUGGAGAUGGCAAUAUGUCGAAAUGAGUUUGUUGAUUCUUUCGAUGAUCUUGAAUUGGGACCUUUGCUGCAGCAUCCACUAGUCUUGCUCUAUUUUCCAUCCAUAUCCAGCUCUGCUGGCACGGUUCAGAUCACUACUGAGGAGAUAAUAUCAUUUCUUGAUAGCUAUCUCUACACUUAUAUGACACGUGAUGUCAAGGUCGAUGAAUUCCUUAACUUCGUUGCUAGUAAAAAGUCAGUUGCAAGCAAGGAAAAUCUUGGUGUGCGUAUUCAGACUUUACGGAUGCAUGUAUCUUACAUUCAAGACGCUAAGCGAAAAGAAGGUGAAACAUUGAAAAUCUUACUGACUGAACUGCACCAGAAGCAUAACAUCCCCUCAUCAAAGAAACAGCCGCAAGUUAAAUCCCUUACCAUCUCUGAGCGUGCGGAAUCGUUUGCUUUACAUCAUAAGGAUUUUUGUGGCAAGCAUACAAGAUUUGAUUCAUCAAGCUCAGAUGACAAUGAUAACGUUGAUUAUGAGGUUCAAAAUCUUAAAAGUUCUGACCAUUCUAGUAGUUGUCCAUAUCCAUCUGUUGCGGAAGAGAUGAAGCGGCUUGGGGGCUCCGAUAAGAAAAGGAAGGGCGAUAAUCCUAGUCAUGAAAAAUCCAAUUCGCCCAAAUCGCUUAGGAGACGCUCCACCAAAUUACAAAGAGAAAAGGCGAAACGAGAGAUACCUAAAUCUGCAGAUUAUUCUGAUGCUAAGAAGAUAUUCGGUGUGGAUGAGGCUGACUUCACACUUGACGAAGGGGCUUUGAGAAAGUUCAUUUCAAUUUGGAAGGACCCAUGCAAAGAGCUAAGCACUUCAACGGUUGUUGAGAAAAUGCUGUCAUUUUACUACUUGGGGGGCUCUGAAGUACGAAAUGAAAGAGCUAAGGCUAUGUCAUCUUUUCCAUUUGUUGGAUUACUAAAUGUCGCUGUAACCUCAAUGAGACGUGGAACGUGUGAUAGUAUAUAUGAUACUUUGCAAUUAGCGAGUCAAAGUGAUACGACUAAUCCAUGCACAGAAAAUCAAGUAGAUGAUAUUAAGCCAAGUGAAGACAAUGAGUUAAACAAAGCUCAGCAAAUUAUGCCUCUAAAACACAGAGGUAGCACUGCUGAAGAAAUUACCAGAAGACUUUCCUUGCAUUUUGAGAAUGAUCUUUCUGGAGAGAAGCACAUCAGUAUCUUUCGAAAGCUACAGACGUGCGAGGCUUCCCUGGCAGAGCAAUUUCAAGUUCAGAAUUUUGAGUCUCUUGGUUGGGGUGAGUUUUCCACCUUCUUGGAAAAACACAUGUUACUGCUACCAACACAACUUCAAAGGUUUCUAGCCAGAGAAUUACGGGAAGAGCAUCCUCUGGAGGUCCACGUGACUGAGAAUCUGUUGACUCAAUUGCUAUCGCAAGCUUCUGAAUUUGCAGGUGGCAAUGAAAUAUCUAAACAGAUGGUAGCUCGACUGCUUGCAGAACAGUUUCCAACAAUUAAAUUCCAGGUUGUAGGAAAAGAUUCGGAGGAAUGUUUCACUGAAAUCAUGAGUAACUACAAGAAUAAAUCUGGUUCUAAAUGUGUCCUCUUUUCUUCAACAUUGCUGGGAGCUGAAAAAUCUUUGAUCAGUAAGCAUUUAGAAGAAUCCCUGACAGUGGGAAAUACUGCUGACUUGGGAAGCAGCCCCCUUAAUGAUGUUUCAUCAAAAGAGGUUUUAGAUGUUCUGCUUAGGGUUCCGUUUUUGUCAGACUUAAAUUCAUGGUGUCACUGGGAUCUUAAGUUUGCUCCAUACGCUGGUUCUCUUAUGGGGUGUUUGAAUGACAUUAAUUCAAAAGAUCUGCUGUGUCUGGUGACGAAGGAUGGUAAAAUUAUCCGCACAGAUCCUUCGGCAACAGCAGAUUCAUUCUUAGAGGCUGCUCUUCAAGGGUCUGCUUACCGUACUGCUGUGCAGUUAUUGUCCUUGAUAUCACUGAAUGGACGAACACAUCUACCAUUUUCCCUUCUAAAGUGCUACGCAAAACGUGCAUUUGAAGUAUUUGUAGAUAACCAGUCCAAGGAGAUGGAUCUAGAUGGUAGGAGUUCUCUUGGGCAUGUGCGUGCGCCAGUACAGUUCAGUGCUUCUUCGGACCAACCGAUAGUUGUAGAACAGAAACCUAAAGUGGGUAAAAGUGACUAUGCUGCCUCAAAAUUCCUUCUUGAUUGUCUGGGCUAUUUACCGGGAGAGUUUUGCUGUUUAGCUGUUGAUGUCUUGCUAUCGGGACUGCGUUCUGUUGUUAAAGAUGCUCCCACUAGGGUUUUGUCUGCAUGCGAGCAUACAGAGCAGCGCAUCAUGCUGCACGAUGCCGGAUUGCGACUAGGCAUUGUUGAGUGGAUUAAUGAUUACAGUAAUUUCUGCUCAUCAUCUAUGCCAGACUCUGCAAUAGUGGAAAAUGCUUCGUCCAACUUAGAUUCUGGCGCAGGUUUUGUUCAAAAACUGGAGGGCCCAAUUCAUACGGACGAAAGCUGCAUGAUCGUAUCAGAGACACCGUGUGAAGAUAAUGAACCUCAUGGAUCUUGUCACACUUUUGGUGGUGCUGGGGAUUUAUGUAAUUCGGUUGUGGAGACGUUUACCCAAACUGCACCUGAGCUUCAUGAUAAUCCAGCUUCAGUUAUUGAUUUAAUCAGACGGGAAGAGUUUGGGCUAGAUUCAAGUUCUUCUGGGGCUGAGACGAGUAUGCUGCAGAAACAACAUGCUCGGUUAGGAAGAGCACUUCAGUGUUUGUCCCAGGAAUUGUAUUCUCAGGAUUCACACUUUAUUCUUGAACUCGUUCAAAAUGCUGAUGACAAUAAGUACCCUGAACAUGUGGAACCCACACUCACAUUCAUUCUUCAGAAGACUGGGAUUGUUGUAUUAAACAACGAGUGUGGUUUCAUGCCUGAGAACAUUCAGGCUCUGUGUGAUGUUGGUCGAUCAACAAAGAAAGGAUCUGGUGGAUACAUAGGAAAGAAAGGAAUUGGCUUCAAGUCAGUGUUUCGGGUUUCUGAUGCUCCCGAGAUCCACUCAAAUGGUUUCCAUUUCAAGUUCGAUAUAAGUGAGGGUCAGAUUGGAUACAUUUUACCGACUGUUGUACCUCCACAUGAUAUCGAAUCACUUACCAGCAUGUUGUCUGGCCGUGCCUUACAACUGAAAGAUGCAAAAUGGAACACUUGUAUCACACUUCCUUUCAGAGCUAUCGAAUCCGAAAUAACAACAGUGAAUCACAUUGAGCCUAUGUUUUCAGACCUUCAUCCUUCUUUAUUACUCUUUCUACAUCGCCUCCAGUGCAUAGUAUACAGAAACAUGCUUGACGAUUCUCUCUUGGUCAUGAGGAAAGAGGUUGUGAGUAAAAAUAUCGUAAAGGUUUCAUGUGGGGAAAAUAACAUGACAUGGUUUGUAGCAUCAGAGAAAUUAAAGUCUGCUAAUCUCCGUGAUGACGUUCAGACAACAGAGAUUUCCAUAGGAUUUACUCUUGACAUGCUAGAAGAUGGAACUUACAGAUCUUGUAUGAUUCAAGAACCCGUUUUUGCUUUUCUUCCUCUAAGAACUUAUGGUUUGAAAUUUAUUAUACAAGGGGAUUUCAUUCUUACAUCAUCAAGGGAGGAUGUUGAUGAGGAUAGUCCUUGGAACCAGUGGUUGUUGUCAGAAUUUCCGGGUUUGUUUGUCAGUGCUCUACGGUCCUUUUGCAGUCUUCCUUCGUUCAACCAGAAUCUGGGUAAAGCUGUGUCCUCAUACAUGCAGCUUGUACCUCUCGUUGGUGAAGUGCAUGGGUUCUUUUCUUCUCUCCCUCGUUCCAUUAUAUCUAGAUUGAGAACAACAAACUGCUUGCUGCUUGAGGGAGAUGGUGAGCAAUGGGUUCCUCCUUGCAAGGUUUUAAGAAACUGGAAUGAAAAGAUAAGGGUUCUUCUUAACGAUGGAUUGCUUCAAGAGCAUCUUGCUCUGGGAUUUUUGGACAAAGAUAUAGUUUUAUCAGAUUGUCUGUCAAGGGCACUGGGCAUUGAAGAUUAUGGACCAAAGACUUUGGUGCAGAUUAUUUCCUCAUUGUGUCACAGGAAAGAUUGUUUGCAAUCAAUGGGCUUUGCAUGGUUAUCGUCUUUUCUUACUGAACUAUAUAUAGUAUCCCGUUCUUCUGGGCAUGAUAAUGUAGAAUUAGGUAUGGAUAAGACUCUUAUGGACAGCCUUCAUAAGAUCCCAUUUAUACCCCUGUCAAAUGGUAGCUUCACCUCUUUAGAUGAAGGCGCAAUAUGGUUGCACCAUGAGACCUCUGGGUCUGACGUUGGUGAUGUAUUUGAAGCAUUUCCUAUGUUAUAUGGAAAUCUCCGAACCGUUGAUCAUUCCUUUCUCUUGGCGACCUCUGUUGAUGGAAAAUCCACUGCAGAUUACCUCAUAAACAUGCUUUCUGUAAUUGGCAUUCAAAAGCUGUCAGCACAUGAAAUCAUCAAAGUGCAUAUAUUACCAGCCUUUGAGGCGAAAAAUGACUGUACACCGGAAGGUUUGAUGGUAGAUUACUUAUGUUUUGUAAUGACACAUCUACGAUCUAGCUGCCAUGUUUGUCAGAGAGAGAGGAAUUACAUAAUUUCUGAGCUGAGAAGCAAAGCUCUGAUAUUGUCAAAUUAUGGGUUAAAACAGCUAGGUGAGGCGUCAAUUCAUUUCGGUGAAGAAUUUGGAAACCAGGUUAACAUGAAGAAGCUUACCAAAACCUUGGAUAUAUCGUGGCAUGUGGUUGAUGGUACCUACUUGAAACAUCCAGCAUCAAAGCUCUAUGCAUGCGGGGUGAAGGAGUGGCGGGAAUUUUUUCAAGAGGUUGGGAUAUCGGAUUUUGUUAAAGUGGUUCAAGUUGAAAAGAGCAUUGCUGAAUUCUACACUGUUUCACGUUGUGAAACGUAUGAUACCAACUUGUUAUCUCCCGGGUUGGCUGUUAUAGACUGGGAAUCUCCGGAACUCGUUGAUCUCUUGGCUCUCCUACACAAAGGUAAUGGCCGUGAAGGUUGCAAGUAUCUUCUGGAAGUCAUUGAUAGACUUUGGGAUAACUGCUACCAUGACAAAGCGACUAUUAACUAUAGCUCGGGCACUCAUGGUGUCAUCAGAUCAUCAGAAUCUUCAUUUAUGAGGGCAAUUUGUGUUUCUCAAUGGAUAGUUUCAAGCAUGGACAACAAGUUACAUCUUUCGAAAGACCUCUAUCAUGAUUGUGAUGAUGUGCGGUCAAUACUUGGCAUGAAUGCUCCCUAUGCAGUUCCAAAGGUUACGAGUGUCAAGUUAAUUAAUGACAUUGGUUUCAAGACCAAAGUCUGCCUGGAUGAUGCUCUGGAAAUUUUAGAAACUUGGGUGCACUAUGGAAACUCUUUCAAAUCAAGCAUCUCUCAGAUUACCAGAUUUUACAAGUUUUUGUGGAAUGAAAUGGCUGAUUCAAAGCAGAAAAUUAUUGAAAAUCUCAAUGCUCUUCCUUUUGUAUUUGUCCCAUAUCAAACUGGAAGUUGGCAAAAUGAUAUGAUAUCUGGAAUAUUCUUGUCACAUAAUGAUGUUUACUGGAAUGAUUCUGCUGGCGUUUUAGAUGAGAUAAAAGAGAUUAGUUCGCAGAUCAGCAGUGUUGUGGAAUCAUUGCGUAGGAAAACAUUGUGCAAUAUCUAUCCAGGUCUCCAUGAUUUUUUUGUUAAUGGGUGUGGAGUACCUGAGACGCCUUCAUUUGAAGAGUACCUUAAAAUUCUAGGGCAAUUCGCACAUUAUGUGUCACCCUCAUGCGCUGCCAAGGCUGUGUUCAAAAUUUUCCUGAAGUGGAGUGAUGACUUGAAAUCUGGUAAAUCUGCCGAAGAUGUUGUACACUUUAAAGAGAAACUUUCAGAACUCAACUACACUGUGCUUCCUACUGAAAGUGAUAAGUGGAUUUCCUUACACUCCUCAUUCGGUCUUGUAUGUUGGUGUGAUGAUGAGAAGUUAAAGAAGAGAUUUAAAAAGAAGGAUAAUAUCCAGUUCAUUUACUUUGGGGAAAAUACUGACGAAGAACAAGAAGUGCUUCUUACAAAAGUAUCUGUGCUAAUGCACAGCUUGGGCAUUCCAUGUAUUUCUGAGGUGGUACAGCGUGAAGCGAAAUAUGAAGGUUUGCAAGAUAACAGUGUAACCGUGUCACUUGUGAACUGGUCUUUGCCUUAUGCUCAGCGAUAUAUCUUUACUUUACAUCAUGAGAAGUAUACCCAAACAAAAAAGACUGUAUAUAGUCAAGUCAAGCGUCUACGAGUCUUUGUGGUUGAGAAGUUAUGCUAUAAGAAUGUCAUACCAGAAUAUGGCAUUUUCUCUAAAAAGGAGUUCAAAUGCAGUUCUCUUUUGCAGGAUAUAGCUCUGUACACAACACCAUGUCUGGAUUCCCAUUCCUUGUUCAUGGAACUGUCUCGUUUGUUUUUCAACGGAGUUCCUGAUCUGCAUUUGGCAAAUUUCCUUCACUUGAUCAAAACAAUGGCAGAAUCUGGUUUGAGCGAGCAUCAAAUGGAAUCAUUCAUUGUGAACAGUCAAAAAGUUCAGAAGAUUCCUGAUGGUGAAAAGAUCUGGUCCCUAAAAUCUGCUCUUAAAGCCAAGAAGAAAGCUGGAAUAAGCUUGAGCUGGUUACCUUCGUCUUCCAAAGGAAGACAUGGUUCUAGCGAGCCCCUCGUUGAUGAUUCUAAACAAGUGCUGGCCACUGGUCAGGCUAGCAGCAGCGAAGAGGAUGUAGCAGAGUCUCUUCAGGUACAGAUACCGAUCCAGACCGCCGAUACAAACUUGGUUGCCGGAUAUGAUAAUAGCGCAGGCACAAGUUCACUAGCCAGUCAGCCAAACCCAUUGUAUUCUAUGCAUAUGGAGAGUGGCUCAUCCUCAGGGAAUCAGGCGGCAUUUAACCUCAAUCCAAACCUUCAUGGAUGGAACAAUUCCUUCUCAGCAGACUUCAGCGAAAGAGAUCAACUUCAUACAGGCACACCUUGGGCUGCACAAGCGCAACAGACGGGUAAGAAAGGAGAGGAAAUCGCAUACAGAUACUUUGCUGCAACAUACGACAAGGAGGCUAAGGUCAGAUGGGUUAAUGAGCAGAGCGAAACCGGUUUACCUUACGACCUGUUGAUCGAAAACGAAGGUGGUAAACUUGAGUACGUAGAGGUGAAAGCGACGGUGUCUUCACGGAAAGAUUAUUUCAAUUUGACAGUGAGUGAAUGGCAAUUUGCAAAUGAGAAGGGAGAGAGUUAUAUAAUUGCUCAUGUGUUGUUAGGGAACAGCAAUGCUAUCCUCACACAGCAUAGGAACCCUGUCAAGUUAUGCAAAGAAGGUCAGCUUCGGUUGUUGAUUCUCAUGCCUAACAAGCGAAACGAGGUCAAUGUUUCGUUUUAAACUCAGGCAGGUUCUUUUUUAUUUAUUUUUACUUAAAUGAGGUUUGUCUUAGUAAGUUCUAUUUUGUGUAGCAAUCCAGUGAUGUUUAUUAAGAAAUAUAUCAGUGUUUCCCUUUCGCUAUUGUAUUAAACUUUCAAAUUAACUUUUGUAUCAUUAAAAUCUUCUACCUGAUUUACUUAUCACGAUUUUUUUGUCAGAUUACCAACGACGAUGG